AUGAGUAGCUCUCCUAAAGAAAGGACGCUGUCCAAUAGUGCUCAUUCCACUAUUCAUCUCGAGGACAGUAGCGACGAGGAAGAAUUGACUAUUCCUCAAGGAAGUGAAGCACAAUCGCUCUUGGGUCUUGAUCAGCAUGUUCCUCGAUAUAUGACUGCAUCUCCUUUGCCAUCAGCCAGAAUCAACGAUAACUCGCCAAAGGAUACUUGGGGUAAAAUUAAAGUUAGAUCAAAAUAUUAUCUUCCCAUACUCGAAUGGUUGCCUCGUUAUCGACUGUCUCUUUUUUGGGGUGACCUUAUUGCUGGUAUCACUCUAUCCUGUUUGCUUAUCCCUCAAGGUUUAUCUUAUGCCACUGCUUUGUGUAAGCUAGAGGCUAUUCACGGACUUUACGCCAUUGCUUUUCCUGCUAUUACAUACGCCAUUUUUGGCAUACAAAUGUCGGUGGGCCCAGAGGCAACAUUAUCCCUUUUGGUCGGAUCUUCUAUUGCACAACUCAACAAUGAUAAGACAAUUCAUGUUGAACCAUUGGCAUGGGCGUGUUUAAUGACCAUCUUUGUUGGUAUCUUUACCUUCUUACUCGGCAUCUUCCGUUUAGGCUUUUUAGAUAGUUUAAUGAGCCGCGCUCUUUUACGUGGAUUUAUUUCUGGUGUUGGUCUGGUCGUCGCACUUCAACAAGGUAUCAUCUUGCUUGGCUUGGUGACACUAAGUGAACAAAAGGGUAUUACCGAGGCCUCAAGUUCCGUAGCUCGCUUACUAUUCUUAAUCAAAAAUAUUCAAUACUCCCACGCGCUGACGACCUCUGUCUCGGCCGUGUCUGUGUCCUUUUUGGUGCUUUCUCGUGUAGCCAAGACAGGACUUUCCCGCUUCAAGUGGUUCCAACUUGUUCCCGAAGUACUCUUGGUUGUUAUUAUUUCUUCUUUAUUGACUUACCUUCUUGAUUGGGAGAAUCAAGGGUUAGCUAUUCUUGGCAAUAUCGAUUUCAAGGGCAUCCCACUCCCUUCUAUCCCUGCUUUCCCUGAUCAUAAACACAUGAAGGAUUUAUUAGUGACAUCAGCUAUGAUUGCGAUUAUUGGAUUUGUAGAAAGCAUCGUGAUUUCCAAAACAUACUCAAGCAAGCACAACUAUUCGGUCAGUGCUAACCGAGAGCUUGUUGCCUUGGGUGUUGCUAACAUGGUCAGUGGACUUUUUCAAGGUAUCCCAGCAUUCGGAUCGGUCGCACGUAGCAAGAUUAAUGACAAAGCAGGGGCUAGGACACAGAUGGCUUGUCUUAUUGCAGGUGUAGGGGCCAUUAUAGCCAUCUUUUUCUUGCUGCCAUUCUUUUACUACUUGCCUAAAUGUGUUUUAUCAAGUAUCAUUUUUGUGGCCGUUCUUUCAUUGCUAAGUGAGCUGCCUGAAGAUCUUCAUUUCAUUUUCAAGAUUGGAGCAUGGAGAGAUCUUGGAUUACUAUCAAUUACCUUUUUCGCUACCAUCAUGAUUUCUUUAGAGUUCGGUACCCUUUUGGCUGUAACUCUUUCACUUCUCCUAACCAUCAAAGAGACCAGUUAUCCCCGUAUUUCGAUCAUGGGUCGAGUCAAGGGAACACACAACAAGUUUAGGCCAAUUCAAGAUGAUCCUGAUGUGGUGGAACAUCUUGAAGAUAUUUUGAUUGUAAGAAUUGAUGAACCUCUGUUCUUUGCCAACACAGGACAAUUAAAGGAUAGGUUACGUCGCUUGGAACAGUUUGGUGAUAUGUCGAUUCAUCCAUCUGAGGACCCACGUUUAGGUGGGUUAUCUUAUGUGAUAUUUGAUGCCAACAAUAUGCCUUAUAUUGAUGCCAGUGCUGUUCAAAUAUUGUAUGAAGUAGUAGAAGCUUACCAUGGUAGAAACGUCAAGGUGUACUUUGUUAGACUGAAGGAAAGACCAUUGGGAUUAUUCAAGUUAUCAGGAUUGUAUGAUCUAGUUGGACCCAACAAUUUCUUUAGAAAAGUAUCUGAUGCGAUUGAAGUCAUAGAGAAGGAUAUGAUGAACCACAACAUAACUGUUUCCCUUUAA